CUGUAUGGAUGGGAGAUCGUCAUUCAGAAGCUGGCUGAAGUCAUCAAUCUGGGUUUGCAUUAUAUGAUCCUUUUUAAGUAAUGAUGUGUGCAAUUGGACUCUCCUCCAACAUUUAUGUGAACAAGAAAUGUCAAAUUUGAAUGGUAAAGUAACUGACUAAUAGAGAGCAUCACUGGAUAAAGUCAGCUUUUGUCUCACCUGAGAACAGGCCAUCAUGGCAUAUUCCUUUGCAUCAAGCUGACAGAUGCGUUGUCUCAUUGUGUUAACUUACAACGAAAAACAACCCGCUUUCGCAGAAAGGAUUAUUCGGUCAGUGAGCAUCUUCGUAAAAUUCAUUGAAGAGAAGAUUCAGCAGAUGAAAACAACUCGAUACACUAGCACGGAAACAGCCGGUUGGAAGGCAAUUUGAGAUUACACAGAGGGACGGAUGAUGGAGCGGUGAAUUGAAAGCUGAACAAAUAUUUGUGGUGUCUAUGGAUGGUGAUGGCACUCUGAUGAGUGGAUUAGUGAGAGAAAGGUGCCAGCCCAACUAUAUGCAAUUGAAGGUUUAAUUGUCCUUCACAGCAGUAACAUCAUCAGGAAACUGAGGAAACACAGAAUAAGCCUAUUCAGGACUGAUGCAGCACUGAGAUACAUUGGUGUGUUAAACUCCCCAGAUAACAAACAACAUUCUUAGACAUAGCCCUGACCUACUCCAACGUUCUUCAAUCAUAGUCAGGAAAUUUACGGAGGGAGAGUGCCGUUCUUCAGCCGAGUUGUUGAAAGCUCGUAUACAGAUAGUGAACACUGCAAUCAACAACACAUUUCUGUGGCAACGCUACCAAACCAAAAGGUAGUGGAGGAUCAAGGGAAGCUGGAUAUUAUCUGCUUUCCAAGGAAUAGGAUGGAGAAGCAAAAGUUGCUGAUCAGUUAGUGGUAGUCGAGUGAGUGAUUCAACAAACUCUCAAACUGCCUUGAUUCCACCCAAAGCAACAGCUCUAAUUGUGUUACGAGCGUGGGAUGCAAAAGUGCGAGUACCUUUUUCUCGAUUCUCAGGAGUCAUUGAUUGGAGGAAAUGUCAGCAUGCAACAUCUGAACUCUGACAUUUAACACACAGAGGGAUAAAGAUGCUUGAUGCAGUAAACACAGUCAGGGAUGAUGCUGCAAUUUAAGCUGAGGAUACAUAACAACAUACAACAAUGAUAUCGAAAUUCACAAGCAUUUCAAGGAGGAGACAAAGCAGGGACAUUUGGGCAUUUCUGCACAGAAAGGGAUAACAAUCUCUUUUAGUAGGCCAUAUACAGCAAUAAUGUUAUGGAUAGGAGUUGUUUUUGACCGAGUAUUCUUGAUAUCUUAAAAGUACAGUAAAUCGUUACAACAUGGCUUGGAGAUUCCCAUCAUUCCGGACGUUUGCAUUAAUUCUAUUCGUCUGCUAUCUCAUGAUGCUCUUCUUCUUUCAACAUUCCCUGAACAUCGCAAACACCAAAGAGGUGCUGCAGCGCAUACGAACUCGACCGCUCAUCAAAACAGUGCCGACCCCAACCAAAUCAAAAUCACAUCAGGACGAAUUUCUGCUCAAUAACACAAAGGGAAUCCCUCCGUGGAUACCAUGGCGAUUUUUCCGACAGUUAUCGUGUCGUGGUAUGAUAUAUAAUGAAAGACAGGAGUGCAAAAGUAUGAUACCGGAUUCUGGUUUCUGUCAAUUAGGCUUUAACGCAUACUUGUAUUCAGCAUAUUUGGAUUUACGAUAUAAGACGCGUUUUGUACGAGUGAUGGUUAUCAUGCCACGGUCAAAGAGAAUACCUGUUCUCUUUUGCCACUUUUCGCAAAAUGGAUAUUAUUACCGCCAACCCAUGACGAAGUAUGAAAUGUGUGAAAAUCACGGCCGCAGUAUGGGCGGGUUCAUCAUGUCGUGUGAAAUACCCGACUUUAUACAUGAUCCUGUGUGCAAGAUUAGCAUUUCUCGCGAAUACAAAGUUAUUGCUGAACAUAAAACGGAAUUAGUAACACUGCCAGUACGAACUUUGAACACUUCUACUACUGGUAGUUCUAUACCGAAGUUUCAAUUUGGAGUAUGCAUUCCACCGUUAUUUGGCAACAUAAGCCAGCAUAGGAUUAUUGAAUUCAUCGAGUUACUCCGAAUUUUAGGUGCACAACAUUUCGUAUUUUAUGCAUACGUUAUAAGUAAACCAAUAGCAGAGGUUUUAAAGUAUUAUUCCAAGAAAGCUUUGGUUACCAUGGUACCUUGGCCAUUCCCGCCAGAGAUCAGUGGCGAUACGGAAAUAUGGUACCACGGACAGAUUUUAGCCAUCAAUGACUGCCUAUACCGAAACAUGCCGCGAUUUGAAUAUCUGGCAUUCAACGACAUUGACGAGUUUAUUAUUCCACGACAACAUUCCACAUGGCCACAGUUGAUGCGUGAUUUAUACACCAAAGACCGAUGUGGUUAUUGCUUUCAAAGCGUUUUCUUUGACGUUCCUGAAGAUUUUCACAACGAGACACGCAACGGCGUAUUCUUGUCGCAGGAAUACAUCAAACGAACGUCUGUCGUUAGCAAACUUCGAACUAAAUGUAUCGUAAAACCAGAUCGCAUUUUUGAGAAGGGAAUCCAUCAUAUUAGUAAACCAUCAGCCGAAAACUACUCCGUUACCAAGGUCAACCAUGAAAUUGCACUACUUCAUCAUUACCGAAAGUGUAUAGCAAAUUUCGGUAUGAAGUGCCAGGAAUUUGUUCCCGAUUCAAAUGCAAGGCAUUAUGGAAAGGCACUUAAAACCAAUACGCAAAAGAUAAUGCAAGAUAUUAAUAUCUACAGGGAAAAUUUAUAACACUCGUGCCGUACAACAUAGAAAGUCAAUGACAGAACCCUUUUUAUCAUAUAUUCAAAUGAAUCCAAAAUUUGUGUAUCAAAUUCAGUCCUAACCAUAUUUUUGGGACCAAGUCCUUGGUUGCCUUUGGCAGUAUAUAACACAAGGUACCCAAGAUCAGUUUUACGAUCAUUCAAGAAAGGGUUUAAAAUCAUCUAUCUCAAUGAUGACAUUAACUUCCCUAGUAACCAUGAUCACAGCCCAGCAAAGUGCUCGUGAAGGCCAUGCUAACAAUCACACAUCUGCCUCUUCAUCAUUCACAGGUAAUAGUGCUCUAUCAUGGCCAAAGUGAUGCCAAACUCGGACAAAAUUAACAUCAACAGUCAUGUCUCUGGCACACAAUGCACACAUUUGUCUGAUAUCUGGGUAAUCUGCGAUUGUCAUAAGGAACGUGAAAAAUUGAUUUUGGAAAACCCACACAAUGCCCGAUAAUUAAAACCAUUACAACAAGGCACCUAAUUACCAGGCGCUUUGUUAUUUCAAUAGCUGGUAAUCAUCAAUAUUACAGGGGCAAGCAAACCAUGAAGUUAUCUAUUUUUUUUAUCUAGGAGAUAUGUGACUAUGUGGUAGGUGUGUCAUGUCAGAUGCAUUUUGGUGUCCUGGAAAUAUGGGCUCCGAUAUAGGACCGAUUGCAAGUUUAAGCCUUAUAUGGUAUUGUUUUAGUAUGCUGUGAGUUGUAAAGUAAAAAAUGCAGAGUUUGCCAUAAAAUGUAUGUAUAGCACUGCCAAUAAUCAGAAAUUUGGUAACGGGACGAUCUAGCCUGUUUCACAUGUUAUACUUCACACACUUAAAGGUGCAUGUUCCUAUCUUCUGCAACCAUUCAUUGUAACACCCACCAUCAUCUGACACAUUUUAUUUGAUUGACACCUUAUUAUUGUUUUUCAUGAUUAUUAGAGACUUGUUAAUACGUUGCUAUAGAGAUUUCAAUGCCUGUUGUAAGCGAUAAAAUUCACUACUGAUGUUUACAUUUGGUUUUAUAAGCAGACGCAUCGUAAUUAUUGAAUGAAUAGUAAAUCAAAUUAAAAAUAUUAUUUCCUGA